CCGCGCCGUCGACGUCGGCAGACGUCGGUUGUUUUAUUUUGUCUUCUUCUCUCGGCGCAGUGCAAAACCGAAAAACGUUCGCAAGUUUUUGCUCGUAAAUUCUGCUUAAAAAACUAAAUAAAUUCCAAGUUUUAUGAAUUGAAAGAUAUACACAGGCUCACCACCAUCGCAGGAGGAUAGGACGCAAUGAAGCUGAACCGGUUACUGGUGUCCUUUGCAGUGCUAACUCUUUCCCUUUGUGUGCAGCUAAGCGAAGCGGACGUCCCUCCGGAGGUGCCGAAUUUGGCCAAAUCGAAGAAAGACCGGCAAAAAUCCGAGAAGCUGCCACCAUGUCGAGCCUGCACGGUUCUAGUCAAUUCCUUCCGCGACGGCAUGAAGCGCACGGAACGGUCCAAGCACGAUGGAGGUGAUGCCGCCUGGGAAGAGGAACGGCUCGGAAGUUACAAAACCAGCGAGCUCCGGUUGGUGGAAAUUCAGGAAAGUUUGUGCCGCGAUGUUGGACGGGGGGAAGAUCAGUGUCAUCAGUUGGCAGAGGAGCAUGAAUCCCUAAUUGAAGACUGGUGGAAGGAACAUCAGACAGCACAACCAGAUUUGCAGCAUUGGCUAUGCGUUGAGCAAGUGCAAGUGUGCUGCCCGGAUGGGUUCUACGGCCCAAAUUGCGACCCAUGUCCGAGCUGUUUCGGCAAUGGAAAAUGCAAGGGCAAUGGGACCCGGAAGGGAAACGGGAAGUGUGCCUGCGAGGAGGGUUACACAGGGGAUAAUUGUGAUGGUUGCGGGUCGGAGCAUUAUGAGGCCUUUCGCGACACUGACAAGCUGCUCUGUUCGAGGUGCCAUAAGGCUUGCGCCACCGGAGGUUGCACCGGAGCGGGACCGAAUGCUUGUCGCGUUUGCCGGAGUGGUUGGAUCAUGGACAGCCAGCGAGGUGGAUGCACGGAUAUUGAUGAGUGCAUCACGGCCAACACCUGCACUAAGCAGCAGUUUUGCGUAAACAACGAGGGGUCGUUCAAUUGCUUAGAGUGUGAUAAAUCGUGUGAUGGAUGUGAUGGUGAUGGUCCAGAUAUGUGCAAGGAAUGCGCCGAUGGAUACGAACUUCGAGACGGGAUGUGCACAGAUGUGUCGAAUGAGAAGCGCAACCAGUACGUGACGUUCACUCGCUAUCUCACCUAUCUGGGUCUGUGCAUAGCGACGUGCAUCGUACUGCAAAGCUCAACCUGGCUGGCGGCUCUCAUCGGGCUGGCCGUGGCCGUCUACAUAUCCAUAUCGGAGUACUGGCUCAACACGGAACCGCAGGGUACUCCGGCACCAUCGCCGAAGAUACUCGACGAAUUGCUGCAGCAGUAAAUAUUGCGAUGCAUAGAUAGAUAGAAUGUUAGCGCGUGAUCUUCUAGAAGGAUAAUCGUAUCAAUCUUCCGUCAAUCGCGUUUGGUAGCUCUCAGGCAGAUGUCAUAAGAGGCCAGGAAUUGAGUUUUACUGAAUAAUAUCAAUCAAUGCCAUUUUUCGUUAUUUUCAUUUCCCAUAAAGUCAUACUCGAAGGAAUAAAAAAGUAAGUAAAAAGCUGAUACAACUGAGUGAGGAUUGUGCAAUGUGGAUUUAACGACAUAUAAUUCAAAAGAAAGACAAACCCAAAUUAUUCACCAAAGCCGGAAUGUUCCACGUUUGGUAGUUAUUCACGGAUAAAUGACAAAAGUACUUUUUAUCAAAUAAAACUAU